AGAAUCGCGGUUUCUUUGGGCCGAGUGGGUCACUCGCUCAUCACAGUGGAGGUUUGCUUUUCUGCCAAGAAAACCUUUCAAGAAAAAGGGCUUAAUAAGCUGCUGCUCCAUUUCUGGGUGGGUUUAGCCUUUAGCACGGAAGCGCAAAUUCGAUUGAACUCGGAGAGACUGCAAAAAUUCCGCCAUGGAUGUGAUCAAGACGCAGCAAAUAUCAUCGAGGCCAGUCGAGAAGGUCGUAGUUCACCCUCUGGUUUUACUCAGCAUCGUCGAUAACUACAACCGAGUCGCUAAGGAAUCCCGCAAACGAGUUGUAGGAGUUUUACUCGGUAGCUCUUUCAAGGGCACCGUCGAUGUUAGCAAUAGCUAUGCAGUCCCCUUUGAAGAAGACGAGAAAGAUCCAAGCAUAUGGUUUCUUGACCACAAUUAUCACGAAUCGAUGUUUUCAAUGUUUAAGAGGAUAAAUGCUAAGGAGCACAUUGUAGGUUGGUAUAGCACAGGUCCAAAGCUACGGGAGAAUGACCUGGAUAUUCACCAGUUGUUCCACAAUUAUGUACCAAAUCCUGUGCUUGUGAUUAUUGAUGUACAACCAAAGGAGCUGGGAAUACCUACUAAAGCCUACUAUGAUGUUGAAGAAGUCAAAGAGAAUGCUACCCAAAAGAGCCAGAAGAUCUUUGUUCAUGUACCUUCAGUUAUCGCUGCCCAUGAGGUUGAGGAAAUUGGUGUGGAACACUUACUAAGGGAUGUCAAGGAUACCACCAUAAGUACACUUGCCAAUGAGGUUACAGGAAAACUUACUGCUUUAAAAGGUUUGGAUGCACGACUACGUGAGAUUCGUGGCUACCUUGAUCUUGUUAUUGAUGAGAAGCUUCCAUUAAAUCAUGAGAUUCUUUACCAUUUACAGGAUGUAUUCAACCUUCUUCCUAAUCUAAAUGUGGCAGAGUUGAUAAAAUCGUUUGCAGUAAAAACCAAUGAUAUGAUGCUGGUCAUUUAUCUUUCCUCACUCAUCCGGAGUGUCAUUGCACUUCAUAAUUUAAUCAACAACAAGAUGCUAAACAAAGAACAUGAAAAGGCUGAGGAUGCAAAACCAGCAAUCGUCCCCGCAGUGUCUGGCAAUUAACGUGCAGCUUCCAUCAGCCCAUUGAAAUAUCUGAGUCGAAGGAACUAGUUAUCUGUUUGUUGGGUUCUCGAUUGAUGAUGAUAUUUUUGUUUUAUCCAAUUGGAAGAGAUGGCUAGUUUCCCAGCAUAUGUAUUUCCCUGACCAUUUUUUGUUCAAUGUUAAUUGUACCCCCUCACUUUAUUUGCCCAAAUAUAUCAUGAUGUAGACCACUCAUUUCUCUCUCUCAUUAAAGUGCCAUUUGAAGUCAGGUUGAAUGAAAGGAGUAUAGAAUCCUAAGCUCCAAUUACUGAAAUUAUGUUGUAGAAUCAAAUGAUUAUUCGAUUGGUUUUUGAAACUA